GUGGUGGCUGGAGCCGCAGCCUGCCACUGUGGCGGAAUCGAGAGCCUGAAGAUCUCAUAGAGAAACCGACUCAACAGGGGGAGCGUCAACGUUUCCUGCUCGAUUUGCUGCUGCAAGUGCACAAACCUUUGCUCCAUCAAGAGCUGAUAGCCAUGGGUAGUCGUCUCAACCAGGAACCAAGUGAUUACCAAGAGGGUGCCAUGCUGCGUCUCAAAGACUUCCUGGAUAGUGUACAUGAGAAUAAAGUCCCGCGGCCCUUUGGAAUCUUCAGUCAGCUGGAUAAGAAGAUGCCCGAGCACCUGUUGGGCGUCUAUCGGUUUCUGGCCCUCGCCACGGAUUGGUACUCAUUCCAGCGAAACGCAUGCUAUGCCAGAAUACACUUUCAUCCCAUUCUCUUUGUGAAUGCCUUGCAAUUGGCAGUGGAGGAACGGGAGGACACUAAGGACUUGAGACUGCCAGCCAUGUAUGAAGUGCUGCCGCAACUGUACUUCGAGAAGGAGGUGAUACUGGCUGCCGAGGAGGUGGUCUGGCAGCAAUUAAUUCCCACUAGGACUGUCAGUCCCAAGUGCAGUUGGAUGGACAUCCUCCGGGGGUGUCACAGUUACAGGCGACCUUUGGACAAAGAGGAACUAAUGCCGGCGGAUCCAGUAGUCAUCGACGAUGAGAGGAAAGUGGCCCAUCUCAGCUUUGAUGUGCAGCUGAACUCUUACUGGAACAAUCUGGUUAAUCGGUUGAUUAUCUCAAUGGAGGAGUGGAAGGAGUCGGAAGGGCAUGAGCGGAUUAUAGACGGGGAUCGGCUGAUGGCAUUUAGGGGAGCAACCGAUGAACUCCGAUUUGGAUAUCAAUUGCAAAAUGGAUUAUAUUCUAAGUUCCCUCAGUUAUUUUACUACAGUAUCGAGCAAUUCGUGGCGGCCUCAAUGAUGGAAGACGUUGCCACCGGCCAAAGAUCAAUGGAGCUGAUUGAUCCUCCGCUAAUCACAACUGGGGGUGUUCCCUUUAAAGCCACUUCCAUGGACAAAGAAGGUGUGAGCCGUAUGCUUAGCCUAAUUAUUGAAAAUCUGCAGGCACAGAUCAACGAUGCAGUGAGCAACGACUUCAACUCUUCUGACAAUAUCUUUGUUGCUCAGCAUUUGAUGGCCUCGAGGUAUCUAUCUAUCUGUCGGGACUUGAGUCUGGCCAUAAAUGAACGUGCGACAAGUCAACCCAACAUGCUGGGGUUGGCCACAGCCAACCUGAGAGAUCCCAUCUUUCGAUCACUGCUCUUUCGCCUGAAUAGGCUGGUGUCUAGCUAUGAAGUGCCAGCGCCCUCCGGCAGUCCGUUGCAGAAGCCAUCAUUGGAAGCGAUUUCUUUCAGCCGGAUGAACACAUUUGAACAGAUUGUCGACACGGAUCUCAUCAAUCUAAUGGACCAACAGCUGCUCCAAACGCAGCGUAAUAACUUGAAAUCUUUACGACGUCGUCUUGUGGCCCGUCAACGUCGUCUCAAUCAUGGCAACUUUCAUAUAGCCCUUGAGGUGUCGGCUCCAGCCGAGAUGUUGGUACAAACAGACCUCUAUCUGGCUCUUCGGAAUCAGUCAAGGCCACGACUGCAUCUGGAUGGGUUUGUCAGCUCUUUGAGAAAGGGAAUCAACGUAUUCCAACGAAAUUUUUCAUCAUCCUCGUAUGGAAGUAGUCCCACAGUCAGUGAGCUCUAUGAGACCAAUUUCCGAACUUCAGAUGGUACCCGCUCUUAUGGGCUUCCUUCACAUCUCCGGGUGCCACGGGGAACAAGAGAGGGCCUGAAACUUCAAUUGAUCAUAGAGCUUACUGAACCAGGCCUAGAAAAUGAGUGGUCUGGGGCUAUGCUGCACAAGGCGGCCAGGGAUGUGGUAAUCUUUCAUCAUUAAGCAAUCAACGAUUAAUCUGUAAUAUAUGCUAAGUGUUUGUUAAUGAAUUGAAUGCCAA